AUGUCGAGGAAGCUAGCCGUUCGUACGCUCGCAGAGCUAACACUAGCCGAGCUGGCCAGCAUGAUCGUAGGAUCCAUCAACAUAAUGGUCAACACGAGCAAGGAGUUUGGACUUCCACCAGACUAUACGCUGCUGUGCGUUGAGGUCAACUCAUACCUGGAGUGCCUCGGGGCGACCGCUAACAUUUAUGAGGACCUAUUGCGUGUGAUCCUCUGUUCGGAUACACUCGACGCGUCGAUACGCUUCUGUUGCCUGCAGAUGCUACUGAAUUCCAGCGUCCAGAGCCUGGCAACCGAGAUCUUCCCACUCGCGUACUACGAGCGUAUCCUGCAGGUGAUCGCGGCCCAGGGACGUGGUCUACGCCGGCUCAAUAUGAAGGGUGUUUGGGUGAAAGAAGAAUGCCUGUGCUUCAUGUACGAGAUCGUGAAGAGACUGCCACGAUUGACCAGCCUAACGAUACCGCACAUCGCGAACGACAACCUACUAAAGCACAUCGCCGACUACAGCCGGGAUCUGUGUCAGCUCGACAUCAGCGGAGAGACGGACAUCACUGAGAUCGGUAUCGAGUACCUGUGCUAUGGUGAAUGCAAGGAACGCCUCACUUGCGUCGACAUCGGGUCACUUGGUGAGGAGAAUAUCUGCCACACAGACGUGGCAUUGUUGCUGGCCAACCUGCCCAACCUUCGGACACUCAAGUCGUACUCGUUCGUUGGUCGCAGCCUGCAGCACAUCCUCGAGAAGCAGAACGCCGCCUUCCGAUGUCGACUGGUGUACGUGCACGAUACGGGUACGUGUGCCGCCACACUGGACGCGAUUGUACGUGCUUGUCCGCAGCUCGAGGACGUCUACCUCGAUUCCCCUGAAGUCGGCAUUCUAGGAGGUUUAAGUCCUGUGAAACGUUUACGCCGGCUUAAGCUGUAUCGGUUCAGUUGCCACGAGCUGCUGGAGCUAGCGAACAGCGUAGGACCGACUCUGCGUCAGCUCACCGCCAUUAAAGGAUAUGGGCCACUGGAGCUCGAUCGGCUUGUUCGUCUUUGCCCAGGUCUGCUAGAACUCGACCUGUACAUGAUGGACUCACUGUCAUACGUCGGUGACGAUAGCUUCAUCGACCUGCACGGACUGGAGAUUCUGAACAGUCCGAUCGCGAGAGCGAGCCUGCGUCGGUUCAUCUGCCACACGACUUCACUCCGGCGACUUGCCGUCGACACCGUCACCUUCUCGGACGAAGACAUCAGCACGAUGGUGAUCGAGUAUGACUUCAACUGGCUGGAGGACGUCUGGUUUACGUCCGCACCGUACCUCUCAAUGGCUUCCGUAGAGAUUCUUAUGGACCGAUGUCCGGAGCUCCAGAGCGUCGGACAACUAAGCGGAUGGGCCCUAACAACAGAUGACGUGAUGCUUCUGCGCGGGAUCCUGCGAAGCAGCAACUCCUCCCUGGUGUUGAAGACGUUUCAGCCACGCCGGAAGGCACCGUACGCCGCCUCGUGGGUGAUUCUGCGACGCGACUGA